AUUUCAACGACCACUGUAAAUCUAGCUCAGAGUUCAAACUCGAUCACAGAAACUAGAAGAGGUUGGAAGUUAAGGGGUAAUGAUCAAUCAAGAUCUUCUGUAAUAGUUGCUAGAACACACAUUCUACCUACUACUACACCAUGCUGGCCUCUAAUUUUAGGGCAAUGCAAGGCGGUGUAUUGAGUCAGGGAGGUGACUCUGAUGACUUUGUCGAGGUGUGGGCUAGGAACAUUGACCAGGCCUUCAUAAAGAUCAGGAACAUCAUCCAGGAGUACCCCUACGUUGCGAUGGACACAGAGUUUCCAGGUAUUGUGGCCAAACCUAUCGGAGAGUUUCGUAGUCCCGCGGAGUACCAGUACCAGCUGCUCAAGUGCAAUGUAAACCUGCUCAAGCUCAUCCAGCUCGGACUAACCUUUUACAACGACAAGGGAGAGAGGCCUCCAAGCAUGUGCACCUUUCAAUUCAACUUCAAGUUCAGUCUUGGAGAGGACAUGUAUGCUCAGGACUCUAUAGACAUGCUGGCUCAUGCUGGGAUCCAGUUCAAGAAGCACGAGGAUGAGGGGAUUGAUAUCUACGAAUUUGCUGAGUUGCUCACUUCCUCAGGCCUGGUCCUCUGUGAGGAGGUUACCUGGAUCACAUUUGCCAGUGGCUAUGAUUUUGGCUACCUGAUGCGUGUGCUGACUGGGGUGAAACUUCCCGAUGAGGAGAAGGAAUUUUUUGAGCUCAUGUCCCUUUAUUUUCCUCGUGUCUAUGACGUUAAAUAUCUCAUGAAGAGUUGUAAAAACCUCAAGGGCGGGUUGCAGGAGGUUGCGGAAUCUUUGGAAUUGAAGAGAGUGGGCACCCAACACCAAGCUGGGAGUGACAGCUACGUCACAGGAGCUGCCUUCUUCAGAAUGAAAUAUAAUUUCUUCGAUGAUAACAUAGACGAGGAGAAGUACUGCGGCUACCUGCACGGGCUGGGAAACACCUACUGUGGGCUUUCGUCCCUCAACAGCAACGGAUUCACGGAGGCCUCUCAGUAAUAUUCUCUUUUGUCUAGUCUGCCACUCUAUACUUUUUGUAACUCACAGCCCAUGCGUUACGUUGUGUAUGACAUCAUCAUCGAUUGAUCAUGACAA